CUCAUCAUGUGGGUUACUGAUUACCUCUUAUUCUUAAUUACAUGUCCAGCAAUGAGUCAGAGUGACAUGAAGGCCGUGGAGCAGUGCUUCCUCGAUAUCUCUGUGGAUGCCGUCCUCCAUUACGAUGGGGUACCAGCAGUCGAGCCCUGGGCGACCAUGUAUAUCGAUGCCAUCCACGAGCAGAGGUUCGGUGAUGCAAUUUGGGCACGCUAUCAGAUUUUUGGAGAUGUGAUAGAUGGUUUACUUGAUGAAAGGCUGACUGUGCUCGAGAGCAUUGAAGAGGAUGCGGUGGGAUAUAAGAAGAAUGCGCGGGAGGCGUUUGACGAGGCCGUGGCCUUCUACAAGAGUGCUUCCAACAGUACAGACGGACAUCCCGAGGUUAUCGAGAUCAUCAUGCGCAUUGAUCAAGAAGAUGUCAGUGAUAGAUAUUUCCCAGAGGGUGUCGUUCAUUUUGUUCUCGCCGGAGAAUCAGGUCAGGCCAUAAUUCCCCCUCUUCUGGCCGGCCAGUCUCCACCUUCGCAUUCCGAGAGCAGCACCAUCGGCAGCGGGAAUUACUCUCAAGUUCCACGUGCUAUCCUCCUCGGCGGCGCUUUUGACGAAGCGACGAUAGCUCCUUUGCGAGAUGCGGUCAAGGCAACUUCAGGAGCGCGCAAUGUUCCUUGGAUUCUUCAAGAUUUAACACUGCCGGCUCCUCCGGUCGGCACGCCAGAAUACUCUGCGCUUAUGACCAAGAGGUCCAAGGAUGCUUUGGUGAAGUUGGAACAAGAGGGAAAGCUAGAUGGAGGCCAUGAUGGAAUCGAGUGGUACUAA